CAUCAUCUCCUAGUCGCUUUUCAUCCUUACGUCUCUUCGAGUCCAGCCGAAGCAGCAGUAUAACAUCAGUGCCCUUUACCUCUACCAGCAAAACACCUCCACCCAAUCUCCACCAUGAAGCAGACCAUCGCAGCGACUGCUCUCCUCUCCGGCCUCGCCGCCGCUGUCCCUCAAUGGGGCGGACACGGCGGUCCUAACAAUGGCGGAAGCUGGGGUGCGGGCGGCCCAUUCGCCGGCUUCCCAUCGUGCGUUUCGUCCUGCCGCGACAGCAACGCCGAUUACAGCAACUACAAGAGCCUGUGCACGAACAACGACAUGCUGAACACCCUCAACACCUGCGUCGACGACUCAUCCUGCAGCGACUCCGAGAAGAGCGACGUCAAGGAGACGAUUGCCCAGCUGUGCGCAAACUCGGGCGCGACCAUCACCGCGGCACCGUUCGCCUCGUACUCGGUGACGAGUGGCGGCUCUGCAUGGCCGACUGCGUGGACCACAAACUCCGCCUGGGCUUCUGCUGUAAGCGCAUGGAAUGGUAAUGGAAACGGUCGUCCAGGCUGGGGAGGCCCAGGUGCUGGCGGAUUCGGUCCUUUCGGACAGCAUGGUGGUCCAGGCGGCAACGGCUGGGGCGCUGGACCAUGGGCAAGCAGCGGUGCAUGGACAAGUGGAGCGUGGACUAGCUGGUGGGGAACCAAGGCCUGCCCAGCAAGCACAUGGUCUGGCUGGACCGAUGCUUCCUGGUCGACUUCCGCCCCAUGGACCACCUGGUCCGCAUGCACUGCUCAAACCACCGCCACCACCACCGUCACCGUCACCACAACCGACUCCUCCGGCUCUUCCAUCACCUCCAUUAGCACCUCUUUCGGCAUCCGUGUCGCCGAGGCCACCUCCGAUUCCAAUGACAAUGACAACGACAACGGCAAUGCUGCCUCUUCCACCAACAGCGAUUCUGGCGCCAUGCCAACCAACCGUGCCGUUUUUGGCGCUGCUGCUGGUGUCUUUGGUGUCGUUGCCGGUGCCCUUGUGCUCUAAGUCAAUCAGGAUUUGAUACCAUGAAAAAUUAUCUGGGUCUCAACGCAUUUGCUUGGCGCAACGGCACAGGAACACAUCGUAAUGUUGAUGCGAUACCCACCUUGAAAAGAGUCGGAAUAGAUUGGAGAUGUGUUCUAUAGUGAGCUCGACGAGGAUGAUUGAAUGGAAUUAUGAUAUGACUUUUUUUUGAGCUAGAAAAGAAUGAAAUGCAUAGUGUUGGACUCAUGCUU